CCUUCUCUCUCUAUCUACUACUACUACUAAUACACAGAGGAAUGAGUUGUAGCUAGCCGAUUCAACGCUUGUGUGUUUGUGUUGUGUGUUACCCACCCUGUAUGCAUCACUGGACAAAUCCCGUGUCAAAUGACCAGCGGAAUCUCGUGUGAAACCCCAUCGUAUUACGCGGUCACUGACUGACACGGCCACUCGACCGUGUACAAAAAACCCUCGUGUGUUUUUCGUCUGUGCCACAACUCAGAAGUCAGUUUAGAGGGGUUGAGGUUGAAUAAUAGGAACUGGUGCUGCUGAGGAUAAAAACUUGUCCCCGACUCGACACCGGUGUUUGCAUGCUCCAACUCCGGCGUGGACUUCUCGCUCAAGUUACGGUGAAUUACCACAAACAGACGGAAACAUCUGUAAGCAACUAGGACUCGGUUACUUGAGAAGGGUGGACAUCGUCUUGAGUGUAGUUUCUGGUUUUUUUUAUAUAAAAGUUGGACUUUGUUUUCUUCUUCUUCUUAAACAUCGCCGAAAGGUACUGCGUUUUAAUUACGGUGAAGGUUUAUUCUGCGUGGAGAAAAUUACCUGGGCGGGUCUUACGACGGAACGGCUAAGGGAUCCUGUGACAGAUCAGAGCUGGAAAGACGGGGGGCUUAAGCUCGCUGACAACCCGUUGGAGGAUUGACUCUGCACGCGGUGUGGUUUUUUUCUCAGAGUUUUUUUUUUAUCGGUGGCGAGUUUGGAAGGCAGGCCCCGGGGUUUGCUGUACACAGCGCACCGUGGCUCAUCAACAACCAGACGGGACGUUUAGUAGCGGGAGCCCCGCCACGUCAGCUACUCGAAGACGCUCCAAGCAACGUGAUCGGUUGACAUUAUCGGAACGGAUCGGACAGUGAUUAGUGAGGGGAGCAAAAGCCUCUGCUCCUGGUCAUCCGAACUUUAUCCAUCCUCGGAACAGGGGGACAGUUUGUCAACAUCACUUCAAUCUUCAUUGGCACGCACGGGUGUCUUAUGUACACAACAACCCGACUUGACUGUGUUACGCUAUACACACACAUAGUGCUUUCUUCACUACCAACUUACGGGAAUUACUUCCGACCUGGUGAAAACCUAAACUAAUCACCGGGACGUUUGGAUCCAGAUCACCCAUCAGCAUCGGUGUGAAAUCACGGUGCGAGAAAUCUCGAACUCGGUCGCGGUCUGUGACUCCUCAGGUUGACCUCAUCAUACGGUGCUGUCUUAUAAUCUCCACGUCCAAUACAAGAGGGACUAGUCUUUCAAACAAGCCUUACUUUUAACUCCAGUUCACCCAGAUGUCUACUGGACUAAUUUCAUCCUCACGCCCCUCUUCGGACCAUGGGGUAGCUCAUAAAGACUUCUCGUCGCACAACGGAACCGGAGCCUACCCAGCACAUGGUCAUAGUGGAGUCAAUCAACUCGGCGGAAUGUUUGUCAAUGGCCGCCCCCUACCUGACACCACCCGCCAGAAGAUCGUAGAGCUCGCCCACAGUGGGGCCAGGCCCUGCGAUAUCUCCCGUAUCCUCCAGGUGUCCAAUGGAUGCGUCUCCAAGAUACUAGGCCGAUACUACGAGACGGGUUCCAUCCGACCCAGGGCUAUCGGGGGCAGUAAGCCCCGGGUAGCCACCCCUCUGGUGGUCAGCCGAGUCGCCCACUACAAGAGAGAGUGUCCGUCCAUAUUUGCUUGGGAGAUAAGAGACCGGCUCCUGGCUGAGAAGGUGUGCACACAGGAGAACAUUCCAAGUGUCUCAUCAAUCAAUAGAGUGCUACGAAGCCUGGCUGCAGAGAAGAACAUGGGACACGACGCCAUGUUUGAUAAACUGCGCAUGCUCAAUGGACAAUGGCCGAGGCCGGGCACGUGGUAUUCUCCAAACGCCUCCAUGCCCGGUCAGCACAUGACGCAGAUGAACCACGUGCACGAGGUUGAAAACUGCAAAAAAGAAGGUGACGGGGACCUCAAGGAUGAUGAUAGCGAGGAGGCACAGGCUAGGCUGAGAUUGAAGAGGAAGCUCCAGAGAAACAGGACCUCAUUCACGGCACAACAAAUAGAAGAACUAGAGAAGGAAUUUGAAAGAACACACUACCCAGAUGUGUUUGCCAGGGAACGCCUCGCCCAAAAGAUUGAUCUACCGGAAGCUAGAAUACAGGUUUGGUUUUCGAAUCGCCGCGCCAAAUGGCGUCGCGAGGAGAAACUCCGGAACCAGCGGCGGCAACAGACCGAGGCCCCGCCUCAGUCUUCCAGUCAUCUGCCCAUUAGUAACCUAGGCGGAUUCUCCAAUAACAUCAGUGUAUACCAGCCUAUUCCUCAGCCAUCUGCUCCGAUGGUACCUCGCACGGCUGAGAGUUAUAGCGCCCUCCCGCCCGUUCCGAGUUUUAGUAUGGCGGCAGCUCCAAAUCUGAAUGUGCAGCCACCGAGAGAUUCCGGAAGUUACCGAAGCAUGAUGGGUUCCGUCUCCCAUGGUUACCACCAUGAAUCCCUCUACGGUACACCGAGCCAGCAUCACGCCAUGCAAUCCCACCAUGCUACCCACUCCUCCCACGGCCACAUGCAGAGCCACCACAUGAACAGUGCUUGCAACAACGGUGCAUUCUCAAGUCUUAUUUCUCCAGGGGUGUCAGUACCAGUCCAAGUUCCAGGGGGUAACCCUGGAGACUCCCACACGUCCCAGUACUGGCCACGUAUACAGUAAAGCAAGGGCACAUCCAUGGGAUCAAGGUUGAUUGGACUCGCUCCCCAUGUAACGAGGUUGAGAGUUGGGUGGAUGCUAUGUGUAAGAAGACAUGAGGUUAAAAGCAACAUUUGAUGACGUAGAACACAGUAACCUUCAGCUAAGUGCUAAUACCAUCCUCGAUGACUUACACCAAUAACCUCGUCCCCAAAUCGCACAGGUGCCAUUGGUGACUAAUGUUGUAGGUCAAAAACGAAGAAAUAUUAUUAUGUACAUUCCAGAGUUGACCUCUCGUGGUGUUCGAGUGUCAAAGGUCAUAGGUUUUGAACUCAGUCUGAGAGGCACCAAUACGUGAAUGGAUUCUGCCUCGUUGGAACAUAAUGCUGUUAAAGUUGACUGUGAAUCGUCUUAAACAUUAUCGUACAGAUUCAACUGGAUGUUGCAACUGAACAAACAUAACAUUAUUAUGCGUUGUAAAGCACCUCGUCAAUUCAUUACACUAUCCGAAUGCCGACUCGAGUCGAACACGAGACACCAUCAAUAUCGUUGACCAGCACGGGACUCGGCACUUCGUGUUCCAAAACGAGACUGUAUUCAUCAAAACGAGGCUUACACUUCAGAGGCUGACUGAGAUAAUGUGUUUCAAAACCAAACUACCGGCUCUGCAGAUGAGAUUUUGUAUAAGUCUUUCAGUUGCUUUUGAACAUGUGGUCCGGGAGAUUUCCUGCAACAGCAUCAGUCUCUCCAUCCACAAACAAAAAGGUCAAAGACGAUUUAUGAUCGAUUACUGACGCCGCUAAGAGACUCGAUGUCCAUUAUGGGAAACCUUUCAUGCAGCAUCCCUGUGGAGGCCGCCAUGUUGGAUCCACGCAAAAACUGAGAUAAUUAUCUGUAACUCACCGACUGGAGAAGGAAAACAAAACACUUUAGUUGACAACUUUUCUACUAUCUCAGGAACUUUCAUGUUGUCGGUGUAUUGUUUCUGGUGAUAAAUCUUUCAUGUAAUCGUUAAUUUAAAACAAUCUUUUGAAAGGGGGAAAAAGAAGAAAAAAACAAUGUAUGAUACUCCUCGUUGUAUUUGAUCAAUAGACUUGUUACUGUAGAUUGUAGUGAUAUGUAGAUAUUAGUAGUGAUGCAAUUCUCUCUAAACAAUAGAUAUGACAUAAUGACGUCACUGCAUUUACGUGUAGGGCGCCCUCUGUUGAACAAAACAUCUCGUUAGAGACACAGAGUCUGAGAAAACGCUGUUGAAAUUAAAAUCGAGAUGGGUUUUAGUUUCGAUGGUUGGUGUCAAGAGAGGGCGCUCCAACUGUAAAUAGGUGUUACAUAGACCUUUUCGCAAAU